AAAGAGAGAAAGAGAUAAGAGGGGAGCCAGACAAAGGCUACAACGGCGAAAAAAAAGCUAAAAACAAGCGCGUAGAAAAAUUCGCGAAUUGCGUCGGAAAGUAUUUUGAACUAAAUUGGGUUUUCGCAUACACCUCGCCAAUAUAUCCAACCGAUCCGAUACGAUUCGUUCCGAUACCACCUCAGUUGCCCGAAGACUUCCCCCCGGAGCAGAAUCUCAAGCUGUGCGGCGCCACCUGUCACCGGGAAAAUUACAUAAAACAAAACAAAUUCAACCAAAAAUACAAAUAGUGUCCUACAAUAUAAAACAAACGAAUCAAAAAUUUCAAAGUUCCCAUAUCCAAAACAAACAAAUCGCAAGGAAAUCGGUAAAUUAUCGUAGCUGCCUGGAUUUAUCAAGGAUUUGGCAAAGGGAUCCCACCCAAAGCCCGCAAGAUGUCGUACCGCGGCAUGCUGAGCACCUCGGACUCUUCGAGUUCCAGGGAUGGACGCGGCCAGGACGCGGACUCGUUCGACGGCUCCGUGAUGUCUCAUGCCAUACCGGUGUCGAAGGACACCUCGCACCUGAGCUCUAAAGGCAGUCAGAAGGGGCAGCAGCCCUCAAAUAGUUGCAAGUGUGAACUCAAUGACUCACCAGUGGAGGAGAAGGGCGAGUCGGAUGUUGAACUGACCAACGAGAUCUCGGCCCCCUACGAGGUGCCACAGUUCCCCAUUGAACAGAUUGAAAAAAAGCUACAAAUCCAGCGCCAUCUCAAUGAAAAGCAGGCCAUUGUACCUCGUGCGGCUACCACAUCACAGGUACCGACACCGCUCAGAGAAUCCUCCAGCAGCGUUGAGGGACACGAUUCCGAGUUCGAUAUGGACAGGAACGAUGCCGACAUUAACUUUCAGCGCGUCUCCAUUUCCGGCGAGGACACCAGCGGCGUGCCCCUGGAGGAUCUGGAGAGGGCCUCCACCCUCCUGAUCGAGGCACUGCGCCUGCGAAGCCACUACAUGAACAUGUCGGAUCAGUCCUUCCCCUCGACCACGGCCCGUUUCCUCAAGACGGUGCGCCUCAAGGAUCGCAUCGACAAUGUGCCCGCCAAGGCGGUGUCGGAAAUCAUUCGCAAAAUGAGUGUUUCGAGCAUACAAGAUUUCCAUCCGAGGCCAUCCCAAAUGAAGCUGACAAAUCCCUGGAAUGUGGAGUUUCCUCCGGACGAGAAUUUCCUGAUCAAGCCGGUAAAUGGAGUGUUUCAUAUAUAUGAGAAUGGGGACGAAAACAAUGAGUUGAAAUUCGAGUAUCCGGACAUGAGCCAGUUUGUAAAUGACAUGCAGGUUAUGUGCAACAUGAUAGCCGAUGGGCCACUAAAAUCCUUCUGCUACCGACGAUUGUGCUACUUGUCCUCCAAAUACCAGAUGCACGUCCUCCUCAACGAGCUGCGCGAACUGGCCGCCCAGAAGGCGGUGCCUCACAGGGAUUUCUACAACACCCGCAAGGUGGACACCCACAUCCAUGCCGCCUCCUGCAUGAACCAGAAGCAUCUGCUGCGCUUCAUCAAGAAGACUCUGAAGAACAAUGCCAACGAGGUGGUUACCUGCACGAAUGGACAGCCGAUGACCCUGGCCCAGGUUUUCCAGUCCAUGAAUCUGACGACCUAUGACCUCACCGUGGACAUGCUGGACGUACAUGCCGAUAGGAACACCUUCCAUCGCUUCGACAAGUUCAAUUCCAAGUACAAUCCCAUCGGGGAGUCCAGGCUGAGGGAGGUGUUCCUCAAGACGGACAACUAUCUGAAUGGGAAGUACUUUGCCCAGAUUAUAAAGGAAGUCGCCUUUGAUCUGGAGGAGUCGAAAUACCAAAAUGCUGAACUGCGCCUAUCCAUUUACGGAAAGUCUCCGGACGAAUGGAGCAAACUGGCCAAAUGGGCCAUCGACAACGGGGUCUAUAGCUCCAACAUCCGUUGGCUAAUCCAGAUACCCCGCCUGUUUGACAUUUUCAAGUCAAACAAGAUGAUGAAGUCAUUCCAGGAGAUCCUGAACAACAUAUUCCUGCCGCUCUUCCAGGCGACAGCACGCCCCAGCGAGCAUCCGGACCUGCACAGGUUCCUUCAGUAUGUGAUUGGCUUCGAUUCCGUCGACGAUGAGUCCAAGCCGGAGAAUCCGCUCUUCGACAACGAUGUCCCCCGUCCGGAGGAGUGGAACUACGAGGAAAAUCCGCCAUAUGCCUACUAUAUCUAUUAUAUGUACGCAAAUAUGACGGUUCUCAACAAGUUUAGACAAAAACGUGGCUUGAACACCUUUGUUCUGCGUCCCCAUUGCGGCGAAGCCGGUCCCGUACAGCAUCUGGUCUGCGGCUACCUCAUGGCCGAGAACAUCUCCCACGGUCUCCUGCUGCGCAAGGUCCCCGUGCUCCAAUAUCUCUACUAUCUCACCCAGAUCGGCAUCGCCAUGUCCCCGCUCUCCAACAAUUCCUUGUUCCUCAACUAUCACCGCAAUCCCCUGCCGGAGUACUUGGCCCGGGGUCUCAUCAUCUCCCUUUCCACAGAUGAUCCCUUGCAAUUCCACUUCACCAAGGAACCCCUUAUGGAGGAGUACAGCAUUGCGGCUCAGGUUUGGAAGCUAAGCUCCUGCGACAUGUGCGAACUGGCCAGGAACAGUGUGAUAAUGAGCGGAUUUCCACAUAACAUCAAACAACAGUGGCUGGGACCCACUUACUUCGAGGAUGGCAUCCAGGGUAACGACAUCACCCGCACCAAUGUGCCGGAGAUCAGGGUGGCCUAUCGCUACGAGACUUUGCUGGACGAGCUCUCCAACAUCUUCAAGGUCAACCAGACCUGUGGCACGAGCACGGAUCACUAGGGGAUCACUUGUAUGGAUCCUCAACCCCGAAUUCAAAUCCAAAAUCCAAUCCAAAUCCGCUCUGGCUACGAUUACGGUUUACGGUUUACGGCUACGGGUCCGUUUUUCCGGGCUUUCUUGGCUUCCUACGCUAAUUAUAUACAAAUUAAACGAAUUAUUAUUAUAUAUAUAUAUUGUAUAUUAUAUAUUACAUAUAUAUAUAUAUAUUCACAACAAAACAAACAAAUAUAUAAAUGUUUCUGUACUAACCAUGAUAUAAAGGCGGCAGACCAAAUUCUUUAAAUAAAAACCUGUACACGCAAAAA